AUGCCUGUAAAGAGAACGAGGAUUAGUCGGCAGCAAUCGUUGCCAACGAUCUCAGAGGCACAUGGUGGAGCCAUAAUAUCAUCAUUCCCCAUACCAGAGAUCAAGGGAGCUCCUCAAGAAGUGGCACCAUUUGAAGUCGGACCAGUGAUGCCUACCUUGAUUGAAAGAGACGGUCUUCAGAAGACAAAUCGAGAACGUCGAAUGGGUUGUGUAACAAAAGAAGAGCGAGAGGCCAAGCGAAAAGCAAAAAAAGAGAAGAGACGAGCUGAGAAACGAAGGGCGAAAGAACUGGAAGCGGCGAAGAGUGAGUCGUCAGCAAUGGCUAUAGAUAGUGAUGUAAAAGAUCCAGUCCCUGGAUCAUUCCCAUCUCCCCGUAAGAGUCCCAAGAGAGGAUUUUCAUCUCCAAAAGUCUCUUUGGACGACGCCAUUCGCAAGCAGGAGGAAAUGGCAGCAAUGGACUUUUCGAAACUACCAAUGCCUCCCACAACUGAAGAUAGUGAAGAUGGCACGACCGAAGGCAAUCAUAUGGUUUCUUCAGGAAAUGGUGUAGCAGAUGCACAUAUUAAGGUGACGGAAGAGAUAGACGAUGAGGAAGGAAACCAACUCAUUUCUUCUACCGCUGCUACGCAGAAUGACUUUCCUGUGUUAGAAAUAUCGAACGAUCCCGUCUCCAUGAUUUUUGAUCAAAAUGAUCACAAAGUACAGAGCUUCGGCUCCAAUACUACUCUAAUUGCAUCUGAAGUGGACCCGAUUACCGAGGAGAGUAGAAUCGAAGCUGCAAAGAGCCAGCUCGUUGGAGCUGUGGUUGGCCAGAAGUCUUUAGUGGAUAAUAAGGCACCACAGGUGCCAGGUGACAGUACGAAAGUCGAGCCAGUUACUGCCGAUCGUACACAGUCGGAGCAAGAUACCAACGAUGAAGAGAGCGCACAAAUAGGUGUAGAAGUCGAAAGGCUCCUCAUGCCUGCUGAGAAAGAUGUUCAUCAUACACAAGAGCUCUCUAAUUCCACAAUUGAUUCAGAGUCAUCUAGCAUUAUUGUGGAAACAUCCUUGAUCCCCGCGGAGACUGUCCAAAAACCUUCCGACUUCGCAGCACUGAUGUUCGCCACCAAGGGCCCCUCCUUUUGUGGAUCUCUGGAUGAGACGACUGUCGAGAUUUCACAGUCGUCGUCCGACAACGACUUUGAUGAGUCAAACUUACUCAUUGCUCAAGUUCCGGACCCCAAUGAUGAUACCACUGUCUAUGAAAGUGAGUGUUUCGAGACAAGCGCAGACGUCGAACGAAACAUGCGUCGCAUCAGUAUCCGAAGAGCCUCUAUAUCCGGGCCAAGACCUGACUAUCCUGAUAGCAGCGACGACGAAGAAGUCUUGACGCCUGGGGCCACAUCCAUCACCCGUCAUGCUUCCCUUGAUUCAAAGCACGAUCGACCGAUUCUCGUUCGUCGUGAAAGCAAAUCCAAUCUUCGAAAAUUCAGACAGGGUCCUCAAGUGUUGACAACGUCGGCGUUUGGCAUUGUACGACUGUCUGACCAACGAACAUUGGAAUCCUCAUUUAUCGGAGAGCAUGAAGAAAUUGUGGCUGACGAUGACAUCCUGGUUCAUGCCUUCCGAGUUGAAGAUGAUCUUGCCAACGAGUCUGGUAAGCAAAAAAAGAUUCAGCACAUUCUGGAAGCAACAGAAGACACCAGCUCGAAUGCGCGAGGGUCCCCAUGCGACGAAGCAUCCGAAUUGAUCGUACAGGAGAAAAACGAGAGUCAACGAGGAUGGAUCGUCUUGAUUAUCCUUCUCCUCACUUCAGGUCUUGCUGCUGGUAUCGCUUUUGCUGUGACACGAAAUGCAUUUUCAUCUGGACUGCAGAGCACCUCUUCGGAUGAGCCAAUUUCAAUAAUUCCAUCUCAACCUUCCACUGGAGUUCUAAAGUAUGAUCCACCUACAGCAAAGGAAUGCGAUAUCAUAGAGAGUGGCGGAACUCUGCAGGGCGAAGAUGAGCUUCUUCGUCGGGAUUUCGAUCUUCUGAUUGAUAUUGAGCUUAUGAAUGGAUUCGCGUUUGGUGGUGCUGUUGCAUUAUUGUCAGAUCUACAAGAGGGAGUGAAUAAAUACCUGAUCCCGCACCUAACAGGUUGUGACGAUAUAUCAAAAGAUCGAUCAUUGCGUGGACAGUCACCUAGUCCGAGACGGCUUGCCAACGCUCGCUAUGUCAUUGCAAACGCAAACGCCAUUGUCCAGCUGGAUGAAACGAGAUCGUGCGAAAUGAGUACUGCUGCAAACUGCCAUGCAGUGAAAAUGAGUCUUCAAUUAAGGCUGAAAGGGGAGGAAAAGGAUUUCCCCAUCACUAACGUGGUUAGCCAGAGCCUCGACGAGAACAACUCGUUGAGGAGAAUACUACGUCUCUCUGCUCCGUUCCGCGAAGCGAUUGUUACCGAUAUCAUUUCUAAGGACCCAACAACUGUGCAAACCGUGGUUCCUACUGAGAGCCCAAGUUAUUCCCCAACCAUUGAGAUUCCCACUGAAAGUCCAAGCGUUUCUCCGACCAGCCGGUAG